AUGGCUGGCAAAGUUACUACUAUGCUAGUUCUCGCGUUAUCUGCUAUUUCAACAUUAGCAGCUAUGGACAAGAGAAUUGUUGGCGGAGAUAGGGCCAAGCUUGGUGAAUUUCCGUUCAUGGUUUCUCUUGAGGGACCUCGUAUGCCUUUGUGUGGUGGUAUUUUAUUGAAUAGUGAUACUGUUCUGACUGCCGCUCAUUGCCGUCACAUGACUCUUGUAACGGCAGGAGCAGUAAAUAGGACAAACGGUGGAGGAGUCAAAGUCAAAGUCGCAUCUAUAAAGCAGCAUCCUGACUAUCGUCUUAAUCCCACAAAGGUCGGUCAAACCGGCCCUGAUUUUGCGAUCAAUGAUAUUGCUAUUGUAAAAUUAGCAACCCCAAUUCAGGAGAGCAAGACAAUACGCUAUGCAAGAUUACCUGAAGAUGGCUUUGAUCCGGCACCUAAUUCUACUGCAAUAGCUAUAGGCUGGGGUGUAAAUUGGUCGGAUUAUCGGUAUUCGAGUGCGAAGCCAAUCAAUGAACUUUUGAAAGUUAGUCUCGACAUCCAUAAACGUGAGAAAUGUGCAGAGUUGGAAAUUGGCGCAGCUGGUAGAGAUACAAUAGUAUGCGCUGGUGGAAAUGGUACGAGUACCUGUGUUUACGAUGAUGGCGGCCCUCUUAUCGAUCCGAAAACAGAACAGGUAGUUGGUAUUACUUCAUGGAUGAUACGAGAUGAAAGGCACUUUAAACAUUGCAACAACUCUCCUGGAGUAUUUACUAGAGUUGGUAGUUAUGUGGGCUGGAUUAACGAGAAUAGUGCAACGGCAGGGGGUAACGGGCUGAGCCGUUGA